ACGCAUUGUAAAAAAAGCAUAGCGCUUUAUCCUAUCGAAAGUAAUAAAACAAGAGAUACUUCAGAAUAUCAUAUACUCUGGUUCAUCUGCGCUAUUCAUAAAAUUCAGUAAACAUUUUAAAAUCCACAGAAAAUAGUUUGGUGUUUGAAAACCUUUUCAAGAAAUCGUAGUAAGAGAAUAUUUUUAUUGAUCUUAAGAGCCAUUAUCUGUAGACCAUUAUUCAGAUAUUUUCUACCGAUGAGUAGUUCGUGUCAACACUGGAAUACGUACUGGAAUUUCAAUUUAGCUAAAGAAACAUACACUGCAACAUGUUUUCUCCCUAAGUCUGUACUUGUCUGUGGUCUGCUUGUUUGGAGUCUGUGGUUCGGCUUCUUCUUUAAAACGUUGACUACUGGCACUGUUGGUAAAUUUAAGCAUUAAUGAAAUUGCUGGCGUUUUGCUACUGCCAACAGAUAUAAGCAUUGAAGCUUGAGAAAAGAAAUUUUUUUAUCUUUUAUCUUUUUUUAUCUUCACAUAUUCCGUUUAUUAUUUAGGUAUCACAAGUUCUCAGCAGACAGUGUUUCCACACAGUCGUCGUAUGAUGUUCAGGUUUCACAUGAUCCAAAAAUGCCGACUACAUCGCAGUUUAGUCACAAAAGAACAGUGGAUGAUGUGUUCAAUCGUAGUAUAGAUUUACUAAUACAAAAAUGGAGUGCCACUCCAGCUACGAAGAAAUUUUCGGAUUAUUUCGUACGAGGGUGUUAUUAG